AUGGCCGAGCCCGGUACGACGCGUGGCGUGGGACUGGACGUCAUGGACGCCUUCACCCGCUUCACUAACCAGACUCAGGGCCGGGACCGACUCUUCAGAGCCACUCAGUACACAUGCAUGUUGCUUAGAUAUAUGUUAGAGCCUAAAGCUGGCAAAGAGGAGGUGGUAAUGAAGCUCAAGAAACUGGAGUCCAGUGUGAGCACUGGCCGUAAAUGGUUCAGACUAGGCAAUGUGAUACAUGCUAUACAGGCAACCGAGCAGAGCAUUCAUGCCAGUGACCUGGUGCCCCGCUUAUGCCUGACAGUAGCCAACCUGAACCGUGUGAUUUAUUUCAUCUGUGACACCAUCCUGUGGGUGAGGAGUGUGGGUCUUGUCUCUGGCAUCAACAAAGAGAAAUGGCGAACGUGGGCUGCCCGCCACUACUACUACUCUCUCCUGCUGAGCCUGAUCCGGGAUCUGUAUGAAAUCUCCCUGCAGAUGGAGCAGGUUGCACAUGACAGGACAAAGAAGGAGAAAUCAUCAUCCCAGAAUUCUCUUGCGUACAGCGUAGCUGAUGAAGAAACAGAAUGGCUCCAGUCUUUUCUCCUUCUCUUAUUCCGAUCUCUGAAGCGGCAUCCUCCUCUGCUACUAGACACAGUGAAGAACUUGUGUGACAUCCUGAACCCCUUGGACCGACUGGGGAUCUAUAAGUCCAAUGCUGGCAUCAUCGGACUUGGAGGUCUCGUGUCUUCUAUAGCAGGCAUCAUCACUGUGGCAUAUCCUCAGUUGAAGCUGAAGACUCGCUAGGGUGUUAGUACACAGAGGACUAAGUACCCACUUUGAAAGAUACCUUCUGCAUGAAAUGGACAUUUGCAUAGUCACAGGCAGUAUCACACUGUGCUUAAGUUCUUGUGAGCUUUUAGCAUGUGAGCAGAGAUGGGGCCAAGAAUGGAUAAAGUGAGAGCAUAAAGAUUGACACAUUUUUAGAGUGCUGGACUGACUACUGAAUUCAUGAAUAUUUUCCCUUCAUCUAACAUUUACUGAGCAUCUCUUAGACACAUAGUAGGAGCUUGGUGUUUGCUGAAUGAAUAAAAAUUGAAAGGAAAAAAAUUGGAAGAGACCCAACCAAACUAAUAUGUGAACACUAAUAUACAGUAACUUUGGAUUAGUAUGGAUCAUUCAGAAGACUACAGUAGGUCUGAUGCAUAACUCUCUCAGCUCUGGUAGAGGUCCCUAUUUUCUCUAAUCAGUUACACACACAGUAGUUGUCUGUACCAGGAUGGAGGGGAACUGGACUUAAUGGCCUCUUGACACUUAACAUCCCGUACACUCAUGUCCUUGUUCUGUCUAGAGGGGCAAUCAAAAAAGCAUCGAUCAGGCACCUUCAGGGUAUAAAUUGUGUCUAUGGGGAGAGGUCUUUAGGCAGUGUAGUGAAUAAGCAAAAAUCAGAAGCAGACAGAAGGGCCUAGGGUAAGAUUAGGCAGAGGGUUGCUGUGUAUGCCUGUGUAUAGCUGGGGACAAAUAAGGAAAACUGAUGCUGAAAAGAAAACCAAACUGGUCAGAUCCUCAUUUCCUGACUCUCAAUCUGGUGUUCUCUCGCUGAUAAAUCACGGUCUUCAUGAUCAAGUGGAAAUAUGAGGCUUUGCAUAAUACUGUGCUUUCUGCCUCUUACCCUCUCCAAAUUUGGAAACUUUCAUUGGUCAGUGAUUUAUAUUCAAUUUUACAAAAAUUAAACUAUAUCUAUUAUAUAAAGAC